AGCAAUCACAAGUUCCAAGGACAUGCAUUCCUUUUACCAAUCUACCCUUUUCUUUUACAUAUUUUCUGUUCGCAGUCGAAUUAAAAGAAGAAAACUAGCAAUGCUCACUUAAUUUAUAAAGUUCUUUUCGACUUUCAGUUUGGUUCAAGCUCUUAAUAUAUAAAGCAAGUUAAGUUUCUCCCGAUUGUUAAGUUUAUCUACAUUUUUUUUGGUAUUAUUCCUCUUUUGAAUGGACGAAAAUAACUCUCAAUUAUAAAGUUGUUAGUUGGGGACAAACUAAUACAUUUAAAAAUAUUAAACGGUCAGAAACCAAAAUGGAAAGUCGAUAAGGCAAUUUAAAAGAUGGUACCAAGUUCAUACAUCAUUUCUAAAAUUCCUAAAAAAAAAGAUUAAGAACUACCCUCCACAAUUAACUUUUUUUUGUUACAAAACAAAACUUUUUUCGUGAGAAAAUUGUAUGAACAAAUAAAGAGCAACAGAUUUUUGUUGUGUUUUCAAGUUGAUCUCAAUGAGGUCUACCACCUCUCUCAGUUGCUGCUCAGAGAGGGCAAAGACUGCUUCAUAAUAUUAAGUAAAGCUAACUCCAUUAAUGCUGGAGAUAAACCAGUUUUUUUUCAAGAAAGGACACCAUGUGGGAGAACUGUAGUGCAUUAAUUCCUUUGUGGGGUUUUCUUGUUUUGCUUGAAUUAAAUCUAAUAAACUCGGUUUUGCAGACGUGAAUUGGGCUAGUUGGUUUAUGCAUGUGCGUUUCCUUGCACUCAAGUUUGAACCUCUAAGUUAGUUGGUCAUCAUGCGUGUUUGUCUCCUUGUAUUCAAGUCUAAAUUCCCUCUCGUAAAGGGAUCUGAGUAAUUUAGGAUAUCAGACAUGGGAAGAAAAUCUAAAAAACUAAGUUUAGUCAGCAAGUGUAAUCAUCCUCUUGGGACUUCAAGGCUUCUUGAUUUUUCUCUGUUUCUGCCUGCCUCAUAUACUCAACUGUGGACAUUUUUCGUCUUUCAUCUUGGUUUCUCUAAAAUCUCAGAAAUUUCCAAUUUUCCAAUCUGAUUCUUUGAUAACUCACAACUGUGUUUCAUCUUUAAUGAUCCCCCAAUAAUUACCCUCUUUGCAAGUUUUCGAUUCCUGCUUUAUUGGUUUCUUUUAUUUUGCAGACUUCAGCCACUUAAUUUCUUCAUGAAGCACUUCUAAGAAAAGUGAUUUUGUAAUGGGGCUUUCUGAAUCGUUUCUGCUAUUCUGUUUUUCUUGGAGCUUCUUACUUCUAGGCACUCAUCAACUCCAAUCUUCUCAAACCCAAGUGCUUCUGCAGCUCAGGAAGCACUUAGAGUACCCAAAACAGCUAGAAAUUUGGAACAGUCACAACACAGAUUUCUGCUCCAUUUCUUCACUUGGCCAAGUAAACAUUACAUGCUUGGACAAUCUUGUAAUUGUGCUCAGAAUCAAGGGUGAUAAGAUUAAGCGAUCCAACAAAAGUGAUUACUUCAAUGGCUUUUCAAUCCAAAGCCAAACUUUAUCAGAUUCCUUUUCUUUGGAUUCUUUUGUCACUACCCUUUCAAGGCUAAACAGUUUGAGAGUUCUUAGCCUUGUGUCUUUGGGCAUCUGGGGUCCACUUCCAGACAAAGUUCAUAGGCUGUCUUCCCUUGAGUAUCUCGAUUUGAGCUCGAACUUCCUCUUCGGUUCAAUCCCACCAAGGAUUUCCGCAAUGGCAAUGCUUCAAACACUUAAAAUCGAUGAGAAUUUCUUAAAUGAUACUAUCCCUGAGUGGUUCGAUUCGCUAUCCAAUCUUACAACUCUGAGCUUGAGGAACAACAAGUUGGAAGGUGCAUUGCAGGAUUUUAGUAGGUUAAGCAGCUUACAAGUGCUAGAUUUGAGUGGAAACAGAUUGAGCUCUAUGUUGCCUCCAAUGCCAAAAGGGUUGGUCAUGCUUUUCGUCAGCGAAAACUCCUUCUCCGGCAAGAUUCCAGUGAAAUAUGGCAAGUUAAGUGGACUUCAACACAUUGAUAUGUCACACAAUGCACUUAUAGGCACACCUCCUGCUGCACUCUUCUCUUUGCCUAAUAUUAGUUACUUGAACUUGGGGUCAAAUCUGCUGAGUGGCUCGCUUCCAGGGAAUCUAAUCUGUGGAAGCAAACUCGAUUUCAUUGAUAUAUCGAAUAAUAGUUUGAGGGGUGAUUUGCCUUCAUGUUUAAGAAAUGAAUCAAAAGAGAGAGUUGUGAAGUUUGGUGGGAAUUGUUUGUCAACUGGUGUGCAGUAUCAGCAUGAACAAUCAUACUGCAAGGAAGUGAUCAGCCCAAGGAGAAAGAGUUCGGAGGACAAUGUAGGGAUCUUGGUGGGUGUGAUUCUAGGAUUAAUUGCACUUAGUGUGCUUCUGGUUUUAGGGUUUAUCAUUUUAUGCAGAAGAUAUUGCCCUCAGGGGAUAUCGAAGCAGCAUUUGCUCCAUAAAUCAGUGCAAGAGAAUUCAGCAGUUGGGUUUUCGACCGAGCUUCUAACAAGUCCAAGGUUUAUUUCACAAGCUGGAAAGGUAGAGAUACAAGGCCUCCCUGCGUGCCGGAUAUUUUCUAUGGAAGAGCUGAUGGAAGCUACGAAAAACUUUGACAGCUCUGCCUUAUUGGGUGAAGGUUCAUAUGGGAAGCUAUACAAAGGAAGACUAUACAAUGGAACUGAAGUUGCCAUAAGAUGCCUGCCUUUGUCGAAGAAGUACACAAUUCGAAAUGUUAAACUCCGGUUGGAUCUGAUUUCCAAGCUUCGGCACCAGCAUUUGGUAUGCCUUUUAGGGCACUGUCUCGAUGGUGGUGGACAAGAUGGUUACAGUCCGAAAAAGGUCUAUUUUGUGUAUGAAUAUGUGCCCAGUGGGACAUUCCGGGAUCAUCUCUCUGGGAAUAGUCCUGGAAAGGUUCUCAACUGGUCAGAGAGAUUGGCAAUUCUAGUUAGCGUGGCUACCGUGCACUUCCUACAUACCGGAAUCAUUCCUGGUUUCUUCUGCAACCGCCUGAAGACGAACAAUAUCUUGCUCAAUGAGCACGGUAUGGCAAAAUUGAGUGACUAUGGACUGUCCAUUCUCACAGAAGAAACCGAUAAAUCCACAGCAAAAGACGGCCUUACAUCAUGGCAAAUGACAAGUUUAGACGAUGAUGCUUAUAGCUUCGGAUACAUACUACUCGAGGCUCUCGUUGGAACUUCCAUAUCUUCUACAAGAGAAGCAAUCCUGCAAAAUAAUAUGGAAUCUCUGAGUAGCGAGGAUAGGAGGAAGCAGAUAGUUGAACCGGCUGUUCUAGCCAGUUGCUCACAAGAGUCUCUAUCGAUCGUGAUCUCCGUAAUGUACAAAUGCAUUUGUCCAGAGUCGAGCCGUCCAUCUUUCGAGGACAUCCUUUGGAACUUACAGUAUGCAGUUCAAGUCCAGGAAGAAACAGCAGCUGGAGACCAAAAGAUUUGACACUGCAUCACAUUCAUUGAGUCAGAAUUUUGCUUUUGACGCUAAAUAAACAAGGAAAUGUGACAGAAUUUGGGCAUUUUUUCACUAGAUUUUGUAAUUGUAACAAAUUAUGAUAAUCAUCAUGCAGAAUUCAAAGUGCAAUAUGGUCAGUGUGAUCGUCAAUGUUGUUCUAA